AUGGCGAUCAAAUUCUCGUCUCUGUUCAUUGUUCAUUUCGUGUUUAAUCAAUUACCAGUGAUUUGGUCUAUAAUUCUGCCAUGGACGAAACCUCCUUAUUUAUACAUUAUUAUGAACUGCAUCAUCAUCACCAUAGCCGCCGCCUCGCGCUUUCACAAAACUACAUCCUCACCAUCCAUUCCACCUAAGCGGUUAGUUUCAAUCAGAACACCUCCGCCGUUAGAUUUUGCCUCCUUUCCAGUUCAGCCGGAGAUUAGCGCUGUAGAUGAACCCCCAUUGCUGGAGUACGAGAGCGAGAAUAGGAUCCUGGAGGUGAAAGCGGUGCUAGUAAACGGCACAAAAGUCGAUAUCGACCAAACUGAAGAAGAAAUUGAAAUUGAAACUGAUACUGAAUUUGCCGUUGAAGAUAAGUUUGUUACCUCGAGUUAUACGUGCACUCCGCGACAUAGGAUAAAUUCUCCAGAUGUCCAAUCGGAGUUUCUACCGCCGGUGGGGGAGAAACCUUUGGUUCCUUCAACAUAUCGUCAACGGACCAAUUCUAAAGGUGUAAAGGUACGGCGAGCGACAAAACCGGAAAAGCUAGAGACGUUGGAGAAUAGUUGGAAGAUAAUAACGGAAGCAAGUCAAGCGCCACCCACAAAGCCUCGUAAUAAGUCAGAUAGGUGGCAACACAAUGGGCAUCAUUUGACCACAAGUCGACCGAAUCGUGUACCAAAAUCGAAGACCUUCAAGAAUCAUGUGAACUAUGAGUCCCCAUUCGAAGCUCCAUUAAGAUUGUCUUCAAGUGCUAAGAUUUCAAGGGAGUCGUCAUCAAGUCAAGAUGAGUUGAAUCAUAGAGUCGAGGCAUUCAUCAAGAAAUUUAACGAGGAAAUGAGGCUGCAAAGGCAAGAGUCACUCGAUCAGUAUAUGGAGAUGAUUAAUCGUGGAGUCUAG